AUGUCACCUAAAUCAGUCCCUGAAGGUAUCUGGGCCGACCAGCCCUUCAAACUACUGGAUACGCCAGGCAAAGACAAGCCACUCUCCGACCCCGUUGUCUAUGUAGCCUCGCACAUGGCUCUUGUGCACAACACCUUCAUCCGUGCGCUAAACAGCAUAUACUUGCACGCUCCCCUUAUCGCUCCCGGCAACAAGAGCCUUGCCCGCGAUAUGUUGACUUAUUGCCAAUGCUGGGUGGCCCUAGUGGCCCUGCAUCAUCAAGCCGAGGAGAACUUCCUCUUCUCGGCUUUUGAGAAGCGUAUCCCAGCCGCCAAGGGUAUUCUAGCUACCAAUGUGCGCCAGCACGAUGAGUUUCAUAGUGGUUUGGAUGCGUUCAAAAAAUAUGUUGAGAUAGCUCUUGCAGGAGGCGAGCCGUAUUGCUCAGAAAAACUUCUGAAGCUAGUUGAUGCGUUCUCAGAGCCGCUGAUGAAGCAUUUUGCUGACGAGAUACCAACAUUGAUGCGGAUGCAAGAGGCAGGUCAGAUAGAAGAGGUCAUGAAAAUACACGAGGAGUUUGAGGUCAUUGUGCGGAAGGAUAUUGAUGCGUCAAAGGUUGGCCCAAUGACACUGCUCAACGCUGACAAGACCUUUGAGGGCGGCAAACAUCCCUUUCCCGUCAUGCCCAAGUUCGUACCGUACCUGAUCAAAUAUCUUGUCUCGCGUAAGUAUGCCGGCGCCUGGAAAUUUGGCUCGUGCGACUAUUGGGGCCAGCCGGUCACGCUGUUCAUGAAUACACCCGAGGGGAAGCAGGCCCUUAAGGCGGGUAACGAGUAG